AUCUUCUUUUUAUAAAAAAAAUUGAGCAUGGGAAAAAACCAUACCCGGCCAUUAAACGAAGCUGAAGCCCAGCCGAAGAAAUGAUCGCAACCCAACAACCGCCCAUCACAUCUUGCCCUUUUCGAAAACUACACUGCAGUUUACAACACUCUUGUUGUUAUUUUAUUUUUUAAAUUUAAAAUUUUCUUUUUUUUACUAAUUUCGCACUCUCAAAUGCAGAGCAACUAAAACCCAACCCAAAACACCAUAAUCUCUAAAAUCUUCAGAUCUAGUAACACUUUUCCUUUUCCUCUCCUAAUUAUGCGGAGGUCGGGGCAGCAUAGGCAGCAUGGGAAGCAAGGAGGAGGAGCAACGGGGAUUUACGCCAAGCUAAUGAUUGCCGUUGUAGUACUUUUGAUCUGCACGCUUUCGCUUUUGUUUUCGGCUACAAUUAGCGGAAAUCGCGGAUCUCUUGAGCCUUCUGUGAUCAAUGCAGAAGAACUUUGGGAAAGUGCCAACUCUGGUGGAUGGAGGCCAUCAUCUGCUCCACGAUCUGAUUGGCCCCCUCCUCCAAGGGAAACUAAUGGUUAUCUUCGAGUUCGUUGCAACGGUGGUCUGAAUCAGCAACGCAGUGCAAUCUGUAAUGCGGUUCUUGCUGCACGAAUUAUGAAUGCAACUCUCGUACUGCCUGAGUUGGAUGCCAACUCCUUUUGGCAUGAUGACAGUGGUUUCCAAGGUAUCUAUGACGUUGAGAAUUUUAUCCAGACACUGAAGUAUGAUGUACGAAUUGUGGAAAGCAUACCUGCAAUUCGCAAGAAUGGUAAAACCAAGAAGAUAAAAGCGUAUCAGCUGCGCCCCCCUAGGGAUGCUCCUAUCAGUUGGUAUACAACAGUUGCUCUUGAGAAAAUGCAGGAACAUGGUGCUAUUUAUUUAACUCCAUUUUCACAUCGUCUUGCUGAAGAAAUAGACAAUCCUGAGUAUCAACGGUUGAGGUGUAGAGUUAAUUAUCAUGCUUUAAGGUUCAAGCCAAAUAUUAUGAAGUUAAGUGAGUCAAUAGUUGAUAAACUCCGUGCACAAGGUCAUUUCAUGUCGAUACAUCUUCGUUUUGAGAUGGAUAUGCUGGCAUUCGCUGGGUGCUUUGAUAUAUUUAACCCAGAAGAGCAAAGUAUAUUGAAGAAGUAUAGAAAGGAAAAUUUUGCAGAGAAAAGACUUGUCUACGAAGAAAGAAGGGCCAUUGGGAAAUGCCCACUAACUCCAGAGGAGGUUGGUCUUGUCUUGCAUGCUAUGGGAUUUGACAAUUCUACCCGGAUAUACCUAGCUGCUGGUGAAUUAUUUGGUGGUGAGCGUUUCAUGAAACCAUUUCGAGCUCUUUUCCCUCGCCUUGAGAAUCACAGUUCUGUAGACUCUUCGGAGGAACUAGCCACAAACUCCCAGGGUUUGUUGGGUUCUGCUGUUGAUUACAUGGUCUGUCUUCUUUCUGACAUUUUUAUGCCAACAUAUGAUGGACCAAGCAACUUUGCCAACAACCUACUAGGUCACCGGCUCUAUUAUGGUUUUCGCACUACAAUUAGACCUGACAGAAAAGGUCUUGCUCCAAUAUUCAUUGAUCGAGAGAAUGGAAGGACUGCUGGUUUUGAGCAAGCUGUUAGGCGUGUCAUGCUUAAAACAAACUUUGGUAGACCUCACAAGCGGGUGCCACCUGAAUCUUUUUAUACAAAUUCUUGGCCAGAAUGCUUCUGUCAAGUGUCACCUAAAAAUCCUGCUGACAAAUGCCCACCAGAUAAUGUUUUGGAAAUGUUAGACAGUCGGUUGGAGAAUGAAGUGACUAGUGACCUUGAAGCCUUGGUGGAAAAAAAUUUGACAAGUAGGACAGAAAGAUGAGAAUUUUGUUUGACUUUUGCAAUGGUAUAUAUCUUUCUAGAAACCAGAGAAAGGAAUUGGCUUGUCUGGCCUUGUUCAGCUGUUCAGGUAAUCUUCAUAACUGAUAUCUGUUUUGCAGCAUUGAAGUAAUUUUAGUUGGUCCAUAUAUAAUUCCUAGAGUUUUCAAUGUGUGUCUUAUAGUAUUUUAUCAGUUUUGACAAUACAUCCAGGGAAAAUUAAAGUGAGCACAGAAGCUAAAAAGGAAAGUUGUUCUACUUAAACCACUUUGAAUAGAUAGAACAGCUAAUUAAUUUCUGAAGACUUUCCAGGAGAUGCUAAAAGAUCGUUUGGUUGUGCAGGUUUUAUACUUGCAAUUUGGACUACACUGACAUGUCAUAGGAACAAAUUGGUAGGAGCACAUGAACCAAGUUGAGAAGGUAUUUACUACAAAUGAUAUCAUGUUUUACUACUGAACUCUAGCACUCAAUUUUUCUGCCAAAGAAAAAAAAAAAAAAACCUCUGUUAUUUUGUGACAACUGAUUGACCUGAAAGAUCUUGAGGGGAAAGAGGAUGCUUCAGUCCAUUGUCCUCCUGAAAGGCAUAAUACAUUUAUUAAAGAGUUGUAAGUCUUGACAACAGGUUUUAGACCUCUCUGCUACUAGCUAUACUUCUAUGGCUUCUGCACUUCUCCUUUCUUUACAAAGAGCAUAUACUAAAGAGCUGAAAGUUAGUUUCUUUCCGUUGGCUUGAAUGGAAAAAUCCUUGAAUUAAAGUGUUGUAGGUGACAAUUCUUGGUUUCAACGCCAAUUCAAUAAAGUCAAAUGCCUUUACCAUCUUUCCUUGCAUAAAAUAUCUAUCAUGGAGUUAAAAGUGACAACGUCUGGUAAAACUCCAGAAGCAAUCAUGCUCUCCAAGAACUUUGUGGCCUGCCUUCGUUCACCAGACUUGCAAUAGGUGUAAAUUAGCAUGGUAUAAGCCACAUCUCUAGGGAUUUUUUCUUUUAUUAAGCGAAAAAGGGGCUUUUGAACUUUGCUCAAUUCAUAGGUUUAUUUACAAUAGAUUUAGGAUAUUCAUGAAAAUUACUUCUCACAUCCAACGGAUUUGAAUUUAAACAACAAAUGGAAGAGUACACUCUUCUUACCGUUCGUAUCAACCAUCCAUUGAUUACAGCAUUAGGCUUUAUGGCUUUAGGCCUUAAAUUGAAUAAAGAUAAUGCUUUAUGCGUUGAGGCAUUAAAUUGAAUAAAGAAUUGGCUUCUUGGAUCAUCCCAUCAUUGCAAAGAGGAGCCAUUAGAAAAUUGAAGGUUUACACGUUUGGAGAACUCCUCUAUUAACCAUGUCAGCUAAUAAGC